AUGUCCUUACACGACAGAAUCCUCGAUCUGGAAGAACAAACGUGGCGCGCUCUCCAAACCGACGGUUCAGCACUGAUCCCGUACUUGACCAGCGAUGCCAUUAUGCAAUUCCCUCUGGGGCUGAAAGUCACUGCCAACUCCCGGCCUUCGGUCCAGGACAUUUUGCACUCUUCCGCAUUUGUUCCUUGGAGAACUUUCCGCCUCAAGAACGUGGAUGUCACGCCCGUCGGCGCGGACGGCGCAGUCAUUUCGUACCGAGCCAUCGCCACAAGAGCAUCGGUGGAUCCCAAAGACGAGCGAGACGCCGAAUUCGAUGCGCUGUGUAGCAGUGUGUGGCGCAAGGACGGUGCCAGCUUUUACAUGUGUUUUCAUCAACAAACCAUGACCGAGGAAGGACUUUGA